AUGGCAGACUUUCUAGCAGAGAAUAAUCAGUGUGGUCAGAAUGCGCUGAGACUGGCAUCAAGAGGCAAUGCAAUCAUAGCAGAAUUACUUCGACUGUCUGAUUUCAUACCGUCUGUGUUUCGGUUAGAAACACAACAAGACCUUGCUAGAUAUGGUGAACUAAUAGCAGAUUUCAGCUACUUUAAAAGUGCAGACUACUUUGAAAACAAGAUAGAGACAAAAACGGAACUUCAAGAUUUAGAUGAGGAAUUCAGAGAAAAUCAUAUUGAAAUCCUGACAAGAUUUUAUCAAGCUUUCUCAAGUGUACAUAAAUAUGUGACUGAUCUUAACAGAUUUCUGGAAGACCUGAAUGAAGGAGUGUAUAUCCAGCAGACCCUGGAGAGUGUGUUGCUCAAUAAUGAUGGCAAACAACUCAUGUGUGAGAUAUUGUUCCUGUACGGUGUGAUGUUGCUGAUAAUUGACAUGAAGAUAGAAGGAACAAUACGAGAGAGAAUGAUGGUUUCAUACUACAGAUAUAGUGCCCAGAAGGCAUCAGCAGGAGAUUCAAACAUUGAUGAUGUUCUAAAACUGCUCAGAAGUACGGGAUACUCCAGUGCUGCAGGAGCCAAGAGACCACCAAACUAUCCGGAGUCAUACUUUGCGAGAGUUCCAGUUGAUGAUGAAUUUAUCAACAUGGUGAUUGGACGGCUAAGGUCAGAUGAUAUUUAUAACCAGAUUGCAUCAUACCCGCUGCCUGAGCACCGAUCCACAGCUCUCGCCACACAAGCCAGCAUGCUGUAUAUACUGCUCUACUUCGAUCCAGAGAUACUUAGUAACCAGCCUGCAAAGAUGAGAGAAAUAGUGGAUAAACAUUUCCCAGACAAUUGGGUGAUUAGUGUGUAUAUGGGUAUCACAGUGAACUUGCUUGAUGCUUGGAGCCCAUACAAGGCAGCAGUUACCGCCCUCAACAACACCCUAGAUCAGAGUAAUGUACGAGAACUGUCCAUCAAGUAUUCAACAAAAGUUACAAAACUUCACCCAGUAUUAGAGAAGUACCUGAAAGAAGGUGUAUUGGUUGAGGAGUUUAUUCUGGACAGUAUUCCUAAACUUCUCAAUGUGAUGCGGGACAGCAAUGUUACACUACGCUGGCUCAUGCUGCAUACCUGUGUACUGUCUCCUAGUGCUGAAGCCAACAAGAGGUGUAAACUACUACGAGAUCAGGUUCUCUCAGACAGUAAAUAUAACCCACUAGCUGUAUUCCAACUCCUGCUCAACACUGCUCAGUUUGAGUUCAGAUUGAAAGAGAUGUUCAAGCAGAUGCUGGAAGAGAAGAAGAACAAAUGGGAGGUAUAUAAGAAGGAAGGAACUGAGAGAAUACAGGAACUCAGUGAUGUUUUCUCUGGUACAAAACCACUAACCAGGGUAGAGAAAAAUGAAAAUUUGCAAGCGUGGUUUGCAGAGAUGGCCAAACAGAUAGAUUCCUUGAAUUACAAUGAUUCUACCUCAGCAGGGAGGAAAAUUGUACAGCUGAUACAGGCAUUGGAAGAGGUACAAGAGUUUCAUCAGUUGGAGAGUAACCUUCAAGUUCGUCAGUUCCUGGCUGAUACUCGAAAAUACCUCCACCAGAUGAUCCGUACGAUAAAUAUCAAAGAAGAAGUUCUUAUAGCUAUAGAGAUUGUAGCUGAUCUCUCAUAUGCUUGGGAAAUCAUUGAUAGCUACACAGGCUAUAUGCAGCAGGGCAUUAAGGAGGAUCCUACACUGGUCAUCAAACUCAGAGCUACAUUUUUAAAGCUGUCAUCAGCUCUAGAGUUACCCUGUCUCCGUAUCAACCAAGCUCAGAGUUCUGACUUGAUGAGUGUCUCACAAUACUACUCUGGUGAACUAGUGGCCUAUGUCAGAAAAGUUUUACAGAUUAUACCCCAGACAAUGUUCAGCAAGCUAGCCAAGAUUAUCCAGUUAAUGACGAGUCAGAUCAGGGAGGUACCAACCAGACUGGAGAAAGAUAAGAUGAAGGAAUAUGCCCAGUUAGACGAGAGAUACCAGGUAGCCAAGCUGACCCACUCUAUCUCUGUAUUCACUGAAGGUAUAAUGAUGAUGAAAACUACACUGGUUGGAAUUAUAAAGAUAGACCCAAAACAGCUUCUAGAGGAUGGUAUAAGGAAGGAACUAGUACAGCAGGUGGCCUGGGCUCUACAUAACACACUGCAGUUCAACCCUAAAGCAAAGGUGAAUGAAUUGAUGCCCCGGCUUCACAGUCUUGGUGAACAGAUGGAUGGAUUCAGGAGAUCAUUUGAGUACAUACAGGACUAUGUGAACAUCUAUGGACUGAAGAUCUGGCAAGAAGAAGUUUCUAGGAUAAUUAACUACAAUGUUGAGCAGGAGUGUAAUAGUUUCCUUAGAACAAAGGUACAAGACUGGGAAAGUGUAUACCAGUCAACAGCUAUUCCUAUACCAAGGUUUAGACCAGUUGAUGAGAGCGUCAACUUUAUAGGACGGCUAGCUCGAGAAGUUAUACGCAUAACAGAUCCAAGGGCAGCAGCAUAUAUUGAUUCAAUGAAAGCUUGGUAUGACAUCAAAACCAAACAAGAAAUUGUCAACAAGACUGUCUUCUCUAAAAUACAGCGAGCAGUGGGAACCUUUGGUCUGUCAGGUCUGGACCGGCUGUUAUGUUUUAUGAUUGUGAAGGAACUGCAGAGUUUUAACCGACAGUUAGAGAGACAGGUGUUCAGGACCAAGGAUAGGUCAUGGUUACUGAUGUUAGAGGAUUUAAGUAAAGCAUUGACUCCAGUUGACAGUAUUGUAGGUGCCCCACAGAAAUAUUAUGGUGCUUAUGUGUCCAAGUCUACCAAGUUAUGGCCACCAUACUUUGAUAUUAUGCUCAAGGUUGGCCAUAUUCAGUUGUUAAGAAAACAGAUUGCUCAUGAACUGAACACACUGUGUAAAUUUGACUCAAACAACCUGGCUUGUAGUCUGCAGACAUUGAACAAUGCUCUGAUGACAGAUAUAGAGGCUCACUAUGCUGACCCCACUAAGCCAUAUCCUAAAGAAGAAAACCCUCUCAUGUAUGAGUUGACAGGAUAUCUUGAGGCAGCAGGAUUUCAUAACCCACUCAUGAAGAUUUACAUAACAACUAAGCCAGUGCCCCACGUCCCUGUGUUUAUCUUUAUGUUGGUGAUCUCACACAUAUCCAAACUUACAUACAACAAAACCAUAGGUGGUUUGGUAUGCAAGAAGCCACAAGACCCACUGGAUGCCCCUCCUUUUGUAAUAGGCUGCAUAACAUUACUGAAACAGUUCCACGUGGAUAAUACGGACAGAUUUAUUGCCUUGAUGGGACAAUAUGUCCGGUCAUUUGUAGAUGCUAUGCCAGGGGUAAAGACUGCAGACAUGCCUCAGGAAAUCCUCAACUUACUGUUGUACAUGGAGGAUUUUGUCUACUACUCUGGUAUUUCUAGAAAAAGAGUGGAGGCACACAUUCCACCCUAUAUAUUUGAACAAUUCCGGACACAAUACGCUGCAUGAUCAACCUGACCUGCCUACAUGAUGCCCCCAUGCUUACUUUGUGAAAACAAGAUAUUUCCAAACAUUGUGUGUUUUGAGGAAUGAGCUGUGAUAAAUUGUAUGACCAGUGGACCAGAGAACUUUAUAUUUGUUAACUGUAUGUUAAAUGAAGUGUUCAAGCUUGUGAGGUGACAGUUGAAAUGGUUUUGUGACUUAUGUUCAAAAUAUGUGCAAUACAAGGAUGUACAUUAAUAUCAGAAAUUGUUAUUGUUCGGAGAAUGGCUUGUGUUAUGAAACUAUCUACUGCCAUAUUAAUGAAACUCCAAUAUUUUAUAAUUGUGAUUAUAUAACCAAAAACUAAAAAUCUUGUCAAAACAUGUUUGGCUUUAUUAAUAUUCUUAAGUCAACAUACAAUUAAGAAAUAAUUUAUAGCAAAAGAGUGUUUUAACACUUAUUUAUUCACGAUAGGCGGUUAUACGUCUGGCGUAAUAAUUUAACGAGGGCGCAACCUGAGUGAAAUUAUUUGUACAACGUAUUACCGCCCGAGUGUAUAAAUAAGUGUUAAAAUACGGUUUUGGUAUAAAUUAUUUCGAUUCUAAUAUGCCCUUAACCUAAAACAGUAGAUAAAAUAUAGAAGCACUCUUUCUUGGUCGCAACAAAAACAUUGAUGUCACUGCACGUUAUCGUGACGUCAUUCUAGCGUAAGAGUGUUUUAACAGAGAAAAGCAUAUUAGAAUUAUUCUUUGACAGUGUCCUCUUUAUCUUAUACUGUGAAACACAUUAUAUUCUACAUGGGUUAGUUGUGAUUUUUACAUGAUCAUUUGAAAUAAAGUAAUUAUGAAAUAAG